AUGUCACCGCCCACGAAAAUCCUGGUCAUCAACAUCUCCUCCAUCAACAAAUUAGAAGGAAGCAUUGACCUCAAGGCUACAGGACCAGACGGUGAGGUCAAGAGGUCAAGUAGUCCGGCCUUGUCUCAGUGUGAGUCCUCCGACACCAGACGACUUUAUGACAACUGUCAGAUCAACCUGCAGACAUGCUCACAGUAUCUGUCCGGAGACGUGGUGUCUGUGAUGUCCUCCUUGGACCAGCGUCGUCUCAUUCUCCUCGCCAAACAGGAGUGUUUCAAACUGAGCAGGAGACGAGAGAGGGAAAUGCCGGGCAACAGAACAGACGGUCAGGUGUGUCGAGUGACGUGGGAUGACAUGCUGUGCUGGGAUCUGACCACCGCUGGCACCAUGGCCACACAGCCCUGCCCAGACUACGUCAACGGCUUCAACAAAAACGAAUUUGCCACCAAACUGUGCACAGAUAACGGGACGUGGUGGAUAAACCCUGACCCGGAAGUGGGUCACGAGUGGACGAACUUCACCGACUGUGUCAAACCGUCCAGAUCGUUGUUGUAUUCCCCGCAGGCUCAUGGGGAUAAGCUGAGACUCCUAUACACAAUUGGGUACAGUUUUUCCUUGGGGGCGCUGCUGGUAGCUGUGAUCAUCAUGCUGUGCUGCAAACGCCUUCACUCCAAGUCCAACACGAUGCACAUCAACCUGUUCUCCGCGUACAUCCUUCGAGCUGUCAUCUCCUUCCUCAAGGACAUUCUCUUCGUGGGCAACGUGGGCCUGGCAAAGGACGUCCGCACGGGGAAGGACGGGAUCUUGGAAUUUGUGCAGGACGCUACGCACUGGGAAUGCAAGCUCCUCAUCAGCAUCUUCAUGUACAGCGUGAUAGCCUGCAACAUGUGGAUCUUUGUGGAAGCUCUCUACCUCACCAUGCUCGUGUAUAGGCCCCUGGCCACAGAGAGACGGGGGGUCCGCCUCUACGUUGUGCUGGGUUGGACUUUGUCUUUCGUGUUCAUCAUACCCUGGGUGGUUGUAAAAGCGCUGUAUGAGAACACGUUUUGCUGGAAUUUCCAACUCAACCCCGACUACUACUGGAUCCUCCGGGGCUCCGGGGUAGCUGUUGUGGUGCUGGCCAAAUUCAUCCUGGUGCUGAUCCCUCUGUUCGGCAUCAUGUACAUUGUGUUCUACGUGGCUGUGCCGUCCAACUUCGAGGAGACAGACUUCAACGUGGCCUAUCUAUACCUGGAGAUGGGCUACAACUCCUUCCAGGGAUUUCUCCUCGCCCUGCUCUUCUGCUUUCUCAACGAAGAGGUUCACGGUGAGCUGAAGCGAGUGUGGCGGAGACAUCGGUCCAGGCGCCAUGAACUGUCGGCCCUGAACAAAUCCUACCAGUACCACUCUGGUCAGCGCAAGUCGCAGACCCACCUCACGGGCCUGCUUCUGUCCAGCCAGUGUAAACUGACGCCACACAGCAUCAGAGAAAACUCGGGACCUCGCAGCAAAGACUUACACCGCCUCAGGACAUUCUCCGUGUCGAGCGAAGUCACGAAUGACAUCGGCCACCAUUUUGUCACCCCGGAAGUGACGCAUUUUAAAUUCCCGCCUUCUCCUCCUCCUCCGCACAACGACAGCUCCGUGUUGGAUGACGAGGACAGAGAAUCUGCAAGUAUAACUUCCGACACUCCUCCAACGACGGCACAUGUCGCUCCUUCUGCGCAUGCGGAGCGCCUCGACAGCGACCAAUCAGAUUCGUUGCUUCGUUAUGCCAUGAGAACUAAUGCCCACCGAGUGCUAGUGAGACAGAGCACAGCGGAUUCGAUAUCUAGUCAGCCGCUUUCGCCCGGUCUGGGGGAGCUGAGGAUUGACUACGACGAGGAUGAGGAGUACGAUGAUGACGUCAUAGAGAAAGAGACCGACGAAAGUAAGACGAUAGAACUCCAGGACUUCGGAGAAAAGCCAUAGUGUUUCGGAUUCUGUAAAAAAAAUCAUGAGUCAAACAGCACGUAGGGCUAAAACAGGCCUAGCUUCUUUAU